CGCGCGUGCGGCGAAGGAGUCCUGGAGAGGAAGGGGCAACAACUAGCCGCUGGGAUCGUGAUUCAGUGCUAUUUGGGGAAGAAUGAGCUGCGUCUGAGUCAUCGCGAGCCUCCAGACUUUCCCCGCAGUGUGGCAGAACUUUGUGCUGAUGAGACAAUAGUGGAGCGUGUGCUUGCGGCCAUCCGCCAUGCUGUCCAGGUAGGACAUGCAGGACGUCGUGGCAGGCGCAUCUCUGCAGCUGGGCGGCAGAAGGCUCCUCUGAACAUGGAGAGAUAAGACCUGGUCCCGCAGGCCUGCCUGACAAAAAGCCGUGCCCGCUGGGGCUGGGCGAGCCCCUGUCCCCAAGAUGGAUCGCAACCAAGAGGCCGAGAUGGAGCUGAGAAGGGGUCCCAGCCCCACCAGGGCCAGCAGGAGCCCGGAGAUGGACGGGGACAAGGCCGUGAGCCACAGCUGCUGCAUCUGUGGCAAAAGCUUUCCCUUCCAGAGCUCCCUGUCCCAGCACAUGCGCAAGCACACGGGGGAGAAGCCCUACAAGUGCCCCUACUGCGACCACAGGGCUUCCCAGAAGGGCAACCUGAAGAUCCACAUUCGCAGUCACCGCACGGGGACUUUAAUCCAGGGCCACGAGCCUGAGGCUGGCGAGAUGCGUGUGUCUGAGGGCCUGGGUGGCUGCACCAGCCCCACGAAAAGCACGUCGGCCUGCAACAGGAUCCUGAACGGCGCCACGCAGGGGGAUAACAGCAAGAUCCUGCUGAGGAGCAGCAAGAAGGAGGCGGAAGGCUCUGCGGGCGCCACGGAGGACGGCAGGGCCGCGGCGCAGUGUUCCUUCUGCAGGAGCAGGUUUGAGCGCAAGAAGGACCUGGAGCAGCACGUGCAGCAGGCGCACAAGCCCUUCAAGUGCCGGCUGUGCUCUUACGUGACACUCAGGGAGGAGUCCCUGCUGAGCCACGUGGAGAAGGACCACAUCACGGCGCAGGUGCCCAGAGGCGAGGCCUGCGUGGAGAACGGCAAGCCCGAGCUGCCCCCCGGCGAGUUCCCGUGCGAGGUGUGCGGCCAGGCCUUCAGCCAGACCUGGUUCCUGAAGGCGCACAUGAAGAAGCACAGGGGCUCCUUCGACCAUGGCUGCCACAUCUGCGGCCGAAGGUUCAAAGAGCCGUGGUUCCUGAAAAACCAUAUGAAGGCACACGGCCCCAAGGCGGGGAGCAAGAACAGGCCCAAGAGCGAGCUGGAUCCCAUCGCCACCAUCAACAACGUGGUGCAGGAGGAGGCCAUCGUCGCCGGCCUGGCCCUCUACGAAGUCUGCACCAAGUGCGGGAACCUGUUUACAAACCUGGACAGCUUGAACGCCCACAACGCCGUGCACCGCCGGGUGGAGGCGGGCCGGACGUGGGUCCCAGCCAGCGAGGGCGCUCCGCUCGGCCCCGUGGACUCCCAGGAGCUCUUCCUCCAGUGCCUGAACCUGUGUCCGGCCGGGACCGCGGCGCCCGCCCUGGGACAGGCCGGCCAGCGAGUGGCCGAGCUGGACCCGGUCAACAGUUACCAGGCCUGGCAGCUGGCCACCAGGGGCAAGGUGGCGGAGCCGGCUGAGUACCUCAAGUACGGGGCGUGGGACGAGGCGCUAGCUGGGGACGUGGCCUUUGACAAGGAGCGGCGCGAGUACAUCCUGGUAAGCCAGGAGAAGCGCAAGCGCGAGCUGGAGCCUGGCACGCAGGGCCCCCCACGCAAGAGGGCAGGUGCCCCUGGGGACUCCGCGCCCGGGCCCCCGGAGCCCCGGCCCACCGCGCGCCCCAGCCGCCGCGCCGCCGCCCCCGCCGGCCAGGGCAAGUCUUCCGAGUGCUUCGAGUGCGGCAAGAUCUUCCGCACCUACCACCAGAUGGUGCUGCACUCCCGUGUGCACCGCCGCGCGCGCCGCGACAGGGACAGCCCCGCAGACCGUGCGCCCCGCGCCCGUUGCGGUUCGCUCAGUGAGGGAGACUCAGCCUCGCAGCCCAGCAGCCCCGGCUCGGCCUGCGCCGCCGCCGACUCCCCUGGCUCCGGACUGGCAGAGGAGGCCGCCGAAGACAGUGGAGAGGAGGGCGCAGCUGACCCUGCACCAGGGGGAAAGCCACACCGCUGCUGCUUUUCCGAAGACAUAGCCCCGACUGAGCUCUCCAAUGGAGACCAAAGUCACACCCUUGGAAAUAACCCAUCAGGAAAAGACAGCGCUGGGCCCAGGGCAGACACCACGGCCUGUGUGUCCCUACUCGGAGACGGCGGCAGACAGAGCUGCAAGAGGCCGGAGCAGCCCAGAUUUUCUAUGGAUUUGAAGAUGCCAGCGUUCCACCCCAGGCAGGAGGUCCCCGGCCCCAGGGACACGGCAGACUUCCCCUUGCAUUCGGAUCAGACGUUUCCGGAAAGAGCAGAUCUACAGUUGUCAUCCCGGAAGGAGAAGCCAUGUGACCUGCACAACAGGGAGCGUUCUGGGGGGGGGAAAAGGGCGCCGGCCCCAGAACUGACCCCGCUGGACCUCAGUGAGCGGUCGACCCGGGAUGACCGCGGCCACCGGGAGCUGGCGUCCUCGUUGCAGGCGGCACUGGCCGUCCACCCGUGUCCUUACUGCAGCCAUGAGACCUACUACCCUGAGGUCUUGUGGAUGCACGAGCGCAUCUGGCACCGGGUCAGCUGCAGCUCUGUGGCCCCACCGUGGAUCCCGCCCAAUGGCUAUAAAAGCAUCAGAAACAACUUGGUUUUCCUUGUCCGGAGUGGACGCACGGGCCCCCCACCCGCCCUCGGGGGCAAAGAGUGCCAGCCUCUGCCUAUCGCUCGGUUCACGCGCACCCAGGUGCCGGGAGGGGCACCGGGGCUCAAAGGCACUUCCUCGCCCCUGGGUGGGACGACCAAGGCCACUGGCACACCUAAGAGCAGGGAGGGCCAUCCUGGGGGCCCCUGUGUGCUCUGGGCAGCCGGUUCUGAGGGGCCUCGGCAGACCAAACACAGCCAGGGCCCGGAGCAGCCGGGAGCCCUGGCCCAGCUGCCCCCGCCGAGGCCCAAGCAGGAGGCCGGCUGCAGACCGGGACCCACAGCGGGUGGCAGCGGGUCCAGCAGAAGUGCCACCCCCACGCCCACGGUCAUCGCCCGAGCGGGCUCCCAGCCCCCAGUCCCCAGCAGGCUGGGGGACAAGUAUAUCAUGCCCCCGGCGGGGGCCAGCCUUGGCCCCCCAAAUAAGCACAGUGCCCCGGAACCACUGAAAGCCAAAUUCAGCCCUCAGCCUCAGGGUCAGCCUCAUGUGAAAGGCGACGGGGGCCCCGCUCUACCUCCCCGAGAGCCCCCCACCAAGGCCGGCCAGGGCUCCAGAGGGAACGCUGCCCUGCAGUCCCCAUCUGUCCUGCAGGCCGUCAAGCAGGAACCCACACCUGAGGGCCCCGAGAAGCCUCUGGACGUACUCAGUAUCUUUAAGACGUACAUUCCCAAGGACCUUGCUACUCUCUACCAGAGCUGGGGUGCCAACGGCCCUGCACUGGAGCAUAGAGAAAGAAGCCGAGAGCCUGGACGCCCAGAGGCUGUGAGGGGCGUCAUGCCGUGGUGGUCGUGUGACGCAGUGAGCACCGGGACACUCCGGACACAGGCCCGCCAAGGAGACUUCGUCUGCAUGGAGUGUGGGAAGUGCUUCCACCAGCCCAGCCACCUCCGGGCCCACAUGCGGGCACACUCAGUGGUGUUUGAGUCCAACGGUCUCCGAGGUGCGGACGUCCACGCCUCCUCCACAGACACCCCCAAACAAGGGAGAGACCAUGCUAACACAGACACCAUCCAGACAGUGCCUCUCAGAAAGGGAACCUAGACACUCGUUUCCAGCACACCCCGGUGCCCUGUGACAGCCACGAGCAGCCCCUCCUGGAGGUCCCAGCAGUGACCCUGACCGCCCUGUGAACCAGCUGGAGCACUCCUGACCCAACGCGUCCAGUCCCGGAGCUGCUGUGCUGGCGUGGAGCGAGCGUGACGGGCGAGGCCUCUCCUUGUCGAACGUUUAGAAGUAAAUGAAGAUGCUAUGCUCUAGAAUUUCAUGUAGAUACUCUGUAUGCAUUUAUGUGCUCGUCACCCAGAGUCCUGUAUUUCCUUCUAAUAAACAGUGGUGUUGGCAGGCACAGCAGGAGUCCCGGGCAUCUGUGUUGUUGAAGACAAGUUCGAGACACUGGAAAAGAUUCUUGCGUGUACUGGACAGAGUGCACCGCUCAGCACGGUGACGGAAGCUGCCCCGGCCGCGGGACUGCCGGGGGCUGUGGGGACACAUGUGGUGGCGCCCAGCCUGCGAGUCUUCUACUCUGGCCCCUCCUGUCGCAGUGGGUGUGUGAGUGAAUGGAAGACAGGAAGAAGGUGGCUCAGGUGCUGUGCAAACCAGGCUUGGCGCGGUAGGGCUGGUGACAGAUCCUAACUAGUCCAUGGUUCGAUGGCGUCCCUGUCCCCUCGGGAGCCUGCUGCGUUCCCCAGGUGCACCAUCCGUCCUUGGUGCCAUGUGUGCCUAGUGGAUCGGCAGAGGCAGCUCGGCUGUGGGAGUGCUUAUGCUGUGCUUCGGGAAGAGCGCUAGUAGAACACUAAGAAAAGCAGGCUUCUCUGAUUAUUCUCAGGACCUUUUGUAACAGGGCUACAUUCUGCAAACUGCUCACAAAGGAAGACUGCCCGUCUUAACACGUUACCUGGCUACUGCACCCUCCCAGUCUGGCCCCUUGUCAGUCACGGCAGCAAAACCCCUGGGCGGGUUUGGGGGCCCCAGGUCACCAGGGUGCUGGGGCUCUGGAACCUUCUGCCCUCCCUCCUACCCUCUCUCCCUGCACCACCCAGCAAGCAGGUAUGUUUCCUCCGUGGGCCUGGUGCCCUCCACAGGAUGAACACCUUGUUCCCAGAGCGUGGAGGUCCCCAGGCCCCUGGGUGUGGGUGGCUAUAUAUACCUCUUCCUCAGUCACACAAAUGCAAGCUUUUGUGGGGGGUUAAGACCGUGAUGAAGGACCGUGAGCCUUGCAUUG